AUGGCGAGAGGAAAGUGGAUCGACAAGAAGAAUGCGCAGCAUUUCACUCUCGUCCACCGUCCGCAAAAUGACCCGCUCAUCCACGACGAAAAUGCGCCUUCCAUGGUGCUCAACCCGGUCUCCCAGAAGGGAGGUUCGAAUAAGGGAAAGCACUUGAGCGAUCUUGCUUCCGAUUUGGGAUCUGACGCUGCGAGCAUCCGAGAAAACGAAGGAGAGGCUGCAGAGUAUGGCGUUUACUACGAUGACACCGAGUAUGACUACAUGCAGCAUCUUCGUGAUCUGAACCAGGGCGGCAGCGAAGCUGUCUGGGUUGAGGCUUCGGCGACCGCAAACAAGGGCAAGGCCAAGCAACAGCAGUCCCUUGAGGAUGCCUUGCGUCAGAUGGAUUUGGAACACAAGAGCGAGGCCCUUUUGGACGAGUCUGUUCUGCCAUCCAAGAACCUACAGCGGACAACCUACCAAUCCCAGCAGGAUAUUCCUGAUGCGAUUGCAGGAUUCCAGCCUGAUAUGGACCCUCGGUUGCGGGAAGUGCUGGAAGCAUUGGAGGACGAGGCGUAUGUAGAUGAGGACGACGACAUUUUCCAGCAGCUGGCCAAGGAUUCGCGGGAGAUUGACGAGUAUGAAUUCGAGGAACAGUAUGACUAUGACGACGAAGAUGACGGCUGGGAAUCGGAUGCUACGGCUAAGCCGAGCAAAGAAUACAAGGGCGACGCCGCGCCUCAGCUAGUCCCUGUUGUUGCCGUUGAAGGAGAAGCGCUGCCAGAACACCAGAACGAAGACUGGCUUGAGGACUUCAAGCAGUUCAAAAAGGAUCAAAAGGGUGGAAAGCCCCAAGCCAAGGCUGCUCCGUCUGAGUUGCAGUCUUCCAUUUGGACCACAACGACUAUGGGCGGCCGGAAGAAGAAGAGAAAGGGUGCCCUCACUAACCCAUCCACCUAUUCGAUGACCUCAUCAUCCAUGGUCAGAACGGAACAGCUUACACUUCUGGAUGCCCGAUUCGACAAAAUUGAGGAGGAAUACACAAGCGAGAUGGGUGACGACAUGGCCUCCGUCUCGGAAGUGUCAACGGCGUCCAGCGUGACAGGGCCUACUAGAGGUGACUUCGACAGCAUCAUGGAUGACUUCUUGGGUAGCUAUACCAAGCCAGGAAAGAGGACGAACAAGAAGAAUAAGGCGCAGACUGGUCUUGAGCAGUUGGAUGAGAUUAGGAAGGGGCUUGGUCCAGCCCGUCUUAGGUCUAGGGGAUCGACAUCGGGUGGCUUUGGAGGUCAGUCUGACGCGGGUCAUCAAGGUUUUGGCCUCAAUGGGGCUGGUGGCGGUGAUGGGAAGCGGCCGAAGCGCAACCACAAGACUCAACCUCUCGAGAUGACGACUCUUUCAACCAAACGGAAGGGCGUCAACCCUUUCGACGGCGCGAGCUCAGAUGACAAUCGCCGACGAAAAACCACCAAAGGAAACACUCAGGGCGAAUGGAAGAAGAAAGCUCCACAGGCGCCAGGCGCCAGGUCAAAUGGCGCGAAGAAGGGCGCGAAGGGAUUCGACACAUCACAUUCGCGUGGUGUUUUUGGCUCCCAAAACACUGAUCUCCGUCAGGUAACAGAUUCCACUGAUUACGAAACCGACGAUGCGAAUGGCGAAGCGGCUGGCGACGGAACGCCAUACUCCGAGAAGAUACUUGCACAGCUUAGGAAGGAUGGAAUAGCGCCGCCAAAAUGGCCGUCCGAUCCAGGAAACACCAAGCAAAAGGCCGUGAUGGCCAAGUUUAGGGAAGAAUACAAAUCCUAUCGCGACCGCGCGCGAGCCUCUCUAAUGCGCGCGGGCUUAAUUGACGACCCCGACAAGCCAAAACGACUGGAAGACGCGCUUGUAUUCAAAGGCAUCUGCGACGCCAUGUGCCCCGAUUUUGAGAAAAUCACGCGUAUUACCGAAUUCGAUGUUCAAUCCGCAGAGAAAGAUCCCCGAACAACGUUCGCCAUAACCUCAAAGAUGGUGAAGAAGCUUGCUCGUUCUGCAGCUGGGCAGGAAGCUCCCUUGCCGAUGGACGUUAGAUCAACUGCGGCACUCCGAAAAACGCUUGACUACCUCAUCGACGAUCUUCUGCAAACAGACGACAGCCUUCCUGUGAUGCAUGGCUUCCUCUGGGACAGGACACGUGCGAUUCGGCGCGACUUCAUCUUCCACUCGAUGAUGACUCCCGAAGAAAUGAAGGACCAAGUGUACUGCCUCGAGACGAUAGCAAGGUUUCAUGUCACGUCUCUGCACUUGCUCUCUCAAGAAGGGUUUACGCCGGAAGACUUCUCGGAACAACAAGAAAUUGAACAGCUGGGCAAGUCUUUGCUCUCGCUCAUGUUUGCUUACGACGAUUGCAAACCACACGACGUCAUUUGCGAAAACGAAGCAGAAUUUAGAGCAUAUCACCUACUCUUUAGUGCGAAUAAGCCGAACAUUCUCGACGAUGUCCAAAAGGAGUGGGGAGAUUCUCGAUUUUGGGCAGACUCCGACGAAAUCAGGACAGCCGUGUCCCUCGUUGAGAGUUUGCAGAGCGCUGUCGACUUCCAUGGCCCCUUGGGUUCUGGACCGUCUAUGGCCAUCUCGGGUGCGCACCGAACCUACUUUAAGAUUGUUGAGAGCCGCCAGGUGUCCUACACAAUGGCCUGUUUUGCGGAGAUUCAUAUGGGCCAAUUGCGUCGCUCGGCCCUCCGUUCUUUAAAAAAGGCAUACACCAGGCCACGAAACGGAGCGAAAGAUAUUACACCCUCUAUACUGAAUCGAUUCCUUCAUUUCGACACGGAAUCCCAGGCUAUCGAAUUCGCCGAACAGCACGGGCUGGCCUUUGUCGAUGGAGAAUCCCCAUCUGGCGAGCUGAUCAAAUACCUGGACACCUCAAACCGCUUAACAUGGCCCAGAAUUCAUCAUAGCUUUUCCCGAGAGCUAGUGGAAAGGAAGCGCGGGUCCCGUAGCCUUUCGGACGUCAUUCACAGCACUAUCCCAGACGAAUCAUCGAAGAUCGAUAAAACCCCUUUUGCAUCCAGCAACAAUGGGUUUACUAGCAACACUACGACAUUCAAGCCUCCUCAGAACCAUACGCCCUUUGGGACGGACUCCACAUCGACUAGCAACGGGGCUUUCAAGUCCCCUUUCGCGUCUUCCCAAGGAACUACAUCUACGAACCUAACGGGAAUGCCAACAUUCGACAAAGCACCCGAUGGCCCCAAAACUGCUGCGUCAACAGCAACAAUGCCUGCUUCAAAUCCGUUCUCUGCGAAUCCUAGCCCCUUUAGCCAAGCUAGCAACAAUGCUCCCGUAAGUGGCAGCCCAUUCGCAUCAGCAACCCAGCCGAACGGGGCUACAAAAACGCCCGAGCCCGGUCUUUCGUCUUUUGCAUCUCCAGCCUUUGGACCCAGCACGCAGCAGAAGAGUCAGGACAACAGUCAGGCUGCCCAGCCGAAGCCGGCAGCACCACCUAGUAAUGCCUUUUCGCCGGCGAUUACUGUCACACCCCCAACACCACAAUUUCCCCUGUCAGGUGCAGCCAGUGCUUCAAAACCACCAAGUCCAUUUGCGGGGAGCACAACUGGCACGGCCCCGGCCUCGUCCCCUUUCUCUAGCACAUCAUUCCCACCACCUACUAAGCCGGCUGAAACGGGACAACCUCUCGCAUCCGCUCCAGGCGCGCAGAUCUCAGCACCCCCGAAGAUUGAAGAGCCAAAGUCAACUGCUGUGCAAAGUCCCUUCAGCGCCUUGGCAUCACCAGAACCACCCCGUCAAGCUCCGAGCUCCGAGACGCUUCCGGCUCCAGUACAUGAACAACGCCCCAAGCAAGAUGUUAUGGGAGACUUUGCUAAAUGGUAUGUUACGGGGGACAACGGGUUGAUACACGAAUUUGAAAAGUUCAUUGUUGAGCAAAUCGUCUCCAAUGCCUUUGACCAAUACCAUAAAGAGGAGGAGGAAAGGAAACGCAAAGAAGAGGAGGAAAGAGACUUGGCGGAGGCACGGAAAUUUCAGGUUUACAACCUCUCCCUUAAAUACUUUUACCGCUGGAAGAAGGUUGCGCGGGAACUUCGGCUUAGCAAGCUCCGUCGACAAGAGAGAGAAGAAUAUAGGAAAGCUCAGAUGGAAAUGCGAGAGGAGGAAACAAAGAAGAGGAAGAAGGCCGCUCGAGUCGCUGAAGCGCGACGAAAGGCUUUGGAGAAGAAUGGUGUCGACCCGGUCGAGGAGCUGCGGGAAAUACUGCAGCUCAAAAAGGGCAACGAGCCACAAGAAGACCUCCAGGCUGAGGCAGAAGCUCUGUUCGCAACGGGCAUCCUUUCUGGAGUCGCAAACGAGCGCGCAGCGAUCGAUAACGUCAUACAAGCGCCUUCGAUUACCCAAACGCUUGAGACAUCUUCGCCGCCUCCAUCAAGAUCUUCAAAGAGCUUGUCGCAGUCUGUUUCGGCAGCCAAGCCGUGUGGUGCGAAGACGCGAGCUCUGCGGGAGGAAUUUAGCAGCCGGAGCAGCAACUUUCGCAGGUCUCUGCCGCCCAUGUCAGCGCAUUCAUCAUCCUCGCGGUUCACUCCGUCUGAAUCACCACAAAAGCGCGUCAGCAAGGUGUCUGACCGCUGGCGUCUGAAGGCCAUGGGAUUGGUGACGAUGCCGGACGGGUCUGCGCUUCCGGAAGCAAUCGCAAACGAAAUGCGGUACAACGGCAAGCGGUACUCUGGCCUCGGCUCCUUUGGACUGGACGGUACCGAGCGACGGAGCCGAAGCGUGUCUGCGGAUCUCAAUCACGCAGCCGAGGCACGCCUCCGCUUCUCGCAGUCGCUGAACGGCAGCAGCGGUGCAGCCACACAAGCGAACGGGACAUCUCCGCUUAGCAAGAGGAAGCGGUCCCUGGACGACGACAAGGAGGCGACGGUAGCAGAAGAGACGCGUGUAAAAAAGAGACCAUCUAGCAACGCCGACAUUGAGCGGAUACUGCGCGAGGCAAGGGAGAAUCUGGAGUCGUUACGGAGUUCGAGGGUGGAUCUUGACGAAGGGGCGGAAUGGUUCAGGGAACAGAACGAGAUGAUGCAGGCGGAGGAAACGAGCAGGGCCAGCUCGCCGUGGAGCAAAGGAGGAGGAGGAGGAGGAGGACGUCAGUGA